AUGAUCGACCUAAAUACUAAUGGACAGGCUCUCCUUUCAGCAGUUAACUAUGUUUUGGAUGGGAAAUGGUCUUGGGUAAUCUUUGGAUAUAUGGGACUAACUCAUACGUUAGACGUAAAAGAUCAAGGUCACGAUUUGGAUCAAUUUCUGAAUAAUUUUUCUUCUGGGAAAGUCCUUUAUGGUUUUGUUCGUGUUGACGUUGUAACUCCUGCGAAAUUUGUUUUAAUUGUGUGGCAAGGGGAGGCGUCGUCUGAAAGCUUUAAAUUAGCUUGUCCAAGACAUAUCGACUGUGUGAAACGGCUAUGCCGAACAGUUCAUGUUACGAUCAACGCAAGAAGUGAAGCAAAUUUGGAUUGGAACGAAAUCGUUACUAAAGUUCAAAAUUUAACAGGAAGUGUUUCUCAUACUCAACCGACCAAUUCUAAUAAUACAGAUGAUGAGUUUGUACCUACAGGUUCUGUCUAUGUGCGUGCAAAUCCAAAUAAAGAUAUUCCAAAAGGUUGUGUAUCACGAAGUAUAUGGCAAUCACAACAGGAAAAGCAACAAGAUUCAUCAAAAUUAAGAUCUCCUAUCAAGAAACCCGUUGGUUUUGUUCGACCUAUUUGUGAACCAGAGAUAAAUAACAAUAAUGUACAGUCUGAAAAUCAAUCACAGAAUAUCGUGAAGCAAGUAGCACAAAACGAGGUGACUAAUACUAUUAAAAAUCGUAUAAAAGCUUUAGAAUCCAAGCUGCCGUCAAAUGAAACGACUUCGAAUUAUCGAAAAGUUGAUCCACGUGCAGAAAUUAUGCUUGCAAGACAAUUGUCAUCAUCUGUAAAUAAUGAUGAAGAUGAGAAUGAGGAUGAUACAAAUCAUGUGGGCACAUGUUAUAAGAAGCAAGACCCAAGAGCUGAAAUUUUGGCAGCUCGUGCAUGUAAACAGCCUCAAGAGUCUGUGUUCAAUAACAGUGAACCUGUUGGUGCCAAUUAUAAACGACCAGAUGUUCAGUCGGAAAUUCGUUCUAUUAAAGCCGCGAAUAAUUCAAAUACUUUAUCAUCAACAAAUAAAAAGUCUGAUGUUAUUAGUAAUUCAAGUAGUCGAGAUCUGUUAUAUCAAAAUGGUCAUCAUUAUCAACAAUCCCAACAACAAACAACACCUCCUCUUUCUUUAUCACCGAUAGUACAUAUUUCAAAUAAUCAAAUUAAUUCUAACAUUGAGCAACAGUUAAAAAACGGUAACAAUGAUAACAAUAAUACUUAUCAUCAAAACUCAGUUUCACCACAGAAUUCAAUGUAUAACCUAGUUUCACCAUGUAUUAAAUCAUCCCCUAAUACGGAAGUGCACAAUAAAACAAAAAAUAAUUCAAAUCUUAAAGCUGUCUGUCUAUAUGAUUAUAAUGCUAAUGAAGAUGAUGAAUUAUCAUUUCGUGCCGAAGAACAUAUAUUUGACAUUGAACAAAUUGAUGAAGGUUGGUGGCUUGGUCGAAAUGCUGAUGGACAAUUUGGGUUGUUUCCAGCUAACUAUGUUAAAUUAAUGAUGUAA